AUGGAGUCGAAUAACAAAGUAUCAUUACACCCGGAACAGAAGAAAUGGAAGGCACCAAAGGGUCCUAAACCAGUCCACCAUAAGAACAAAAAUCUAAUAGGUUUGGGUCGUACUAUAGCAAAUCAAAGGUCUAAAGAGAAUGAGAUUCAAUACUUGCCAGAUGGGGAGAUGAGGUUUACGACAGACAAGAAAGAUCCAAACUGGGUUAAAUUGAGAUCGGUCACGCAGGAAAACUCUUUGGAUGAAUUUUUAAGUACAGCACAAUUGGCUGAUACUGAUUUUAGUGCAGAGAGAGGACAGCAAGUUAAGAUUAUCAAAGUUGGAAACACCAAUAUAAUCAACUCCAGUGGAUUGUUGAGUACGGAUGAGAUGUUAGCAAUGAGGCAAAAACACAUGAUGUUUGAAAACAAAUUGACCAUACCUAGACGUCCAAAGUGGUUCAAACAGCAAAGCAGAUUAGAAAUUGAAAGGCAGGAGAAUUUAGCAUUUUUAGCAUGGAGGAGAGACUUGGCAAGCUUAACUGAGAACAACGAUUUGUUGUUGACUCCAUUUGAGAGGAACUUAGAAGUUUGGAGACAGUUGUGGAGAGUAGUGGAGAGAUGUGAUUUAGUGGUUCAAAUCGUUGAUGCCAGAAACCCUUUAUUUUUUAGAUCCAUUGAUUUGGAAAAAUACGUUGAUAGCUUCAACGAAACCAAUGACUCAAAUCAUCAAAAGAGGAAUUUGCUACUUGUUAAUAAGGCAGAUAUGUUAAGUCGCGACCAAAGAGUAGCUUGGGCUGAUUACUUUAAAGCAAAGAACAUCAACUAUGUAUUUUUCUCUGCAGCUAAUGCAAAUGCUUUGUUGGAAAAGGAGAGGGAAGAAGCAGAACAGCUUGAGCAUCUGAUUCAGCACGACUUCGUGAAUAGCAAAACUGAUGAAUUGGUGGAUGAUUUGGAAACGGAUGAGUCAGUGAGAAUUUUGAAAAUUGAGGAGCUUGAGCAAUUGUUUAUGGACUCUGCUCCAAGAUUCCAAGCUGAUCCAGAAUUUCCUGAUCGUAAGUUGCAAAUUGGUCUUGUUGGUUACCCCAAUGUUGGUAAAUCGUCAACAAUCAAUGCCUUGAUUGGAUCAAAGAAGGUAUCAGUCUCCUCAACACCAGGUAAGACAAAACAUUUCCAAACACUUCACCUCACUCCUGAUGUUAUUCUUUGCGAUUGUCCUGGUUUAGUAUUUCCAAAUUUUGCCUACACUAAUGCUGAAUUGGUUUGUAAUGGUGUUUUGCCCAUUGACCAAUUACGUGAGCACAUCCCUCCAACAUCGUUGGUAUGUCAGAGGAUACCGAAAUUCUUUCUUGAAGCUGUUUAUGGUAUUCACAUACCUAUUCAACUGGUUGAAGAUGGUGGUAAUGGAGAAUACCCAACCGCUAGAGAAUUGCUAAAUGCGUAUGCGAGAGCAAGAGGUUACAUGACCCAGGGGUUCGGUGCAGCUGAUGAACCAAGGGCCGCUAGAUAUAUUCUUAAAGAUUAUGUCAACGGAAAACUUCUUUAUGUGAAUCCUCCGCCAGUUCUUGUCGAUGGAGAGUGGCAAUUAUUGGAUUUGCAGAAAAGCAGAGAAUUCAAUAAGGAGUUGUACACGUUACAACAUCUUCCAGAAUCAAGACGACAACAAAUUGAGCAUGCAAUGAGGGCCAGAAAUAUUCCAAUUGAUCAAUUUGACUUGCAAAAAGAUAUCUCAAAGUUGAACUUUUCUAUGCAUAUUGGUGGUAGUGAGGAGGGUAGUGGGAGUGCAACUGAAGCAAAGACACUUUUUUACGGUGGAAAACAAGCCAAGUUGGAAAGUGCCGGUGAUGACUUGGAUCAGGAAUUCUUUGCAAUGGGUAAUGUUGAAGGAAAAUUGAAUACUCCGUUCCAUAAAAAGACAAUUUCAUUGCCAACAAAAUCGGACAAGAAACACAACAAGAAAAACAAAAAGCAAGAGAAGAAGCAUAGAUUUGUCGCUAGUUAG